AUGUCGGUUCUAGAUGAUUUUACUAGAGCUUCAGAUAGAGUAGUCGAGUUCCAGGCGUAUUUUGAAACCUUACCUGCUGAAGGCCAUUCGGUUCAUUCAUUAGAAGUCCAUAAGGAUGAGAUUAUUCGGAUAUGGAGUGAGUUCAGAUCAUCUUAUGAUACGAUACUGAAUAAGUUCACUGAAUUAGAAUCAAUUAAUAUUGAAUCUUUAAAAUCACGGUUUUUUUCGACGUUUGAAGCACAUGUUAAAGUUCUUUCACGUUCCAAUCAACUUCUGGACAACCUUUGCCAAAAAACCGCCCCAAAUAACGCAUCUGAGUCAGUCACAAACACUCUACCGGAUUCUACACAUCAUAUUACUUUACCACCAUGUGAUACCGAAAUCUUUCAUGGAGACUAUCAGUCUUGGCCAACUUUCCGUGACAUGUUCACAGCUUUAUAUCGAAAUAGUAAACGUUUAUCACCCGUAGAAAAGAUGUGCCAUUUGUUAAAGAAAACGCAGGGAGAAGCUCGCGAACUAUUGAAAACAUGUCCUAUAACCAAUGACGGUUUCGAGAUGGCUUGGCAAAAUCGUUAUGAGAACAAGAGAAUACUUAUAAACGCUCAACUCAAAUCUCUUUUCAAUAUCUCUCCUAUUUCAAAAGAAACUGGUACUAACAUUAGGCAUAUUCAAAGAACUAUAAAUGAUUGUGUUACCAAUCUUAGACUUCUUCAGAUCGAUACAGGGAAUUGGGACAUAAUAUUUGUUUAUAUUUGCUCUACGUGCUUACCCGAAGUUACUCUAAGUUUAUGGGAACAAUCGUUACCUGACCGUAGAGAGCUGCCAACCUGGAAUCAAAUGGACUCUUUUUUGACAGCCAGAUUUCAAACCUUGGAAUCUGUAGCGGAUAUUCGUACCACGUUUGCCACUACCAAUUCAUUUAAUCCUGUUAAAUCCCAAAAUCAUAGAAAAUCAAAUUCUUCAGACCAAAAGAAAUUGAAUAGUUAUAGUACAAGCGUUAAUAACGAUCAAUCCCUAAAGUGUUCUCUCUGUCCUGACUCGCACCCUUUAAGACUCUGUCCCUCUUUCCUCAAAAUGUCAGUAGAGGACCGUUUUGCCACUGUUAAAAAACAAAAACGAUGUACCAAUUGUCUUGGUACAUCACAUGAAUUCAAAAAGUGUAAGAGCCAAUAUGUUUGUCAUAUGUGCCGCCAAAAACAUCACUCUUUGCUCCAUCGUAUGGACGUUACGCAUAGUAAUGAUCAACAGAAAACAGUACCGCCCCCCGUACAAGAUCCUACCUCUAUCCCGAAUGUAAACUCGAACAAUGUUCGUGGUAAUGAUACAUCUCAAAUAUUUAAUUUGGAUACAACCCCCUCCACUUCUACUCAAGCUGCAGAACGGAUUCGGCAGUCUUAUGCAACGAAGAUACAGUCCACACCUCACUCUACAGUUAUACUAGGUACUGCCCUCGUUGAUGUUUAUACCGACGAUUUGAAAUGUACUGUUCGUGCAUUAAUAGAUUCGGCUUCUGAAGCCACUUUCGUUUCUAAGAAACUUCAAAAAAAACUUUUCCUUAAGACUCGAUCUAUUCAAACCGAUGUCCAUGGUUUGAAUGAUGCUUUGACGGCCACUUCUACCCAUUUAUGUCAUAUUCGAAUCGGUUCUCCUAUUGAUAAAUCAUUCAAAACAUAUGCCGAUGCAUUUGUGGUGAAGAAACUUACUGGACAACUUCCGUACCAUUCGUUAUCAACCCUUAAAAAUAGCACUUUUAAUGACUUACAAAUGGCAGACACUCAUCUCAGCAAGUGUUCUGAAAUAGACUUACUGCUCGGUGGAGAUAUCUAUCCUAAAAUUAUUCAAAACGGGUUACGAUGGGAUCAUAAUCAGUCUUUAGUAGCGCAGAAAACAGUCUUUGGCUGGAUCGUUACUGGCAAAAUUGAGACCUCUACUCGUCUGCAUUCAAUCUCUUCUUUUUAUAAUGAACUUUGCCUGAAUAAUCAACUUCAACGUUUCUGGGAGCUUGAAGAAGUUUCCCACAAACAUCGACUGUCCGACGAAGAUUUGCAUUGUGAAAAUAUCUACCAAUCUACUACAUAUAGAAACGAGAAAGGUCGAUUUGUUGUUUCACUUCCAUUUAAACGGGAAUAUCCCGAAACCCUUAACAUUGGUCCAUCCCGCGAUAUUGCUCUGUCUCAAUUUCUAAGGAAUGAAGUUAGACUGGCUAAAGACCCUCAAUUAAAAUUAGAAUACGACCGCGUUAUAACGGAAUACUCCACCUUGAAACAGAUGACUAACGUUUCACCAUCUGUCUCGAAUAGCAUGUACUAUUUACCCCAUCAUGCGGUUUUUAAGCCAGACAGCACUACUACGAAACUGCGUGUCGUUUUUAAUGCUUCCAGUCCUUCAAAAAAUGGAAUAAGUCUAAAUGAUCUUCUUCAUCCAGGGCCAAUUUUGCAAGCAGAUUUAACUAUCCUUAUCCUUAAACUGUGCCCCAUACUUGGCAAUACGCACUUUGCUCGAAUUGGCUAA